GCAUUUGGGAGAGAUUUUAGCAAUUGAAGAGGGAGGGAGAGAGCAAAAGUCACUGGCAGUGUGGAGGUCUGUCAACAGGUGGCAGAGGCAGAGAGACGUGGUGACGUUCAGUCCUUCAGAGAAAAGAGAGAAAGAAAGAGAGCAGAGGAGGAGAAAGUUAAAGAAAACUCUCAUGGCCAUGACCACGAGACUCCUGUGGAGGGCCCUGUGCCUACUGGUCCUACUCUGCACUGUGUUGCCCUCCAGCUCCGCCACCAACCCCCCGGACCCCUCGGCCCCACAGCAGGGACUCACCUUCAGCCACGUCUAUAAAAUUGACAUCCCGGGGAGCUCCAGUUGUAAACUUGAGAGUCUGCCAACCCAGGACGAAACAGGUCUGCAGACAGAGACCACUACGAAUGGAGAGAACGACAUCAUCUUCAGACACAACAUCAGGCUGCAGACACCAAAGUGUGACUGUGCGGAGUCUGACAGCUUCAAGUCACUCAUGUACAGAGUCAACGGGCUGGAGGAAGAAGUCAACUAUCUAAAGACCCAGUGUACUCAGGGAUGCUGUGGAGGCGGUGGAGCUGCAGGAGUGGACACCAGCUGCAGUGGCCAUGGCACCUACCAGCCCGACACCUGCAGCUGCCUCUGUUACCCAGGGUGGGAAGGCCCAGACUGCUCGGUGUCCUCCUGCCCCGACGAGUGCAAUGACAACGGCCGAUGUGUGGAUGGGAAGUGUGUGUGCCACCAGGGCUACACAGGAGAGGACUGCAGCCAGCUGAUGUGUCCGGACAACUGCAACGACAAGGGACAAUGCGUGGAUGGAAAAUGCGUGUGUUUCCCUCACUUCACCGGCGAGGAUUGCAGCGUCCAGAAGUGUCCCAAUGACUGCAUUGGUAACGGCCAGUGUGUGGACGGCCAGUGCAUCUGUGAAGAAGGCUUUUAUGGCGAAGACUGCUCAUUAGUACUCAGCCCUCAGGGUCUGCGGUUGGUCCAGGUGACUGACGUCUCCCUCCUGGUUGAGUGGGAAUCAGUUCGUGGAGCAGAGUAUUACUCUCUGACAUAUCAUCCCAAAGAUGAUGAGAUUGACCUGGAGCAAGUUCGGGUUCCCAACACAGAGAACUCCUACCUCAUCAGAGGACUGACUCCUGGGGUCACCCACAUUGUCCAAGUGUAUGCCGUCAUCAAAGAAAUCCAAAGUGAAGCAGACAAGAUCGAAGCUACCACAGAUGUGUCCGCUAUUGAUGGUAUCCGAGUUCUUGGCCAGACAGAAGACUCUAUCCAGGUGGACUGGAAGAACCCAUCAGCUGAGGUGGAUCACUUCAGGCUCAUACACACUGACCCAGAAGGACGGGAGGAGGAGAUGAAUGUACGGAGGAACCAAGAGGCACGCACCAAACACACUAUUGUUGGUCUGUUUCCAGGAACAGAGUACCAGAUCUCAGUGCAGGCCAUCAAAGGAACUACUGAGGGAAAACCUUCCUCUGUCACUGGUGCCACAGACAUUGAUGCUCCUACCAACCUGGUCACCACUGAAGUAACAGAGGACACUGCAACAGUUUCAUGGGAUCGCAUCCAGGCAGAAAUAGAGGGCUACAUGUUGAGCUACACCUCUGCUGAGGGCUCCAGCACCGACAUCCCCUUAGGACGUGACCGCACCUCGUACAGGCUGGUUGGCUUGAAGCCUGGAGUUCUCCACACUGUCUACAUCUGGGCCUACAAGGGAAACAAAGUCAGCAGGAAGAGUUCGACAGAAGCUGAAACAGAGCUGGACGCUCCUAUUAACGUCUUGGCCCGAGAUGAAACAGAGUCCAGCUUCAGGGUCUCCUGGGAUCACACCCAGGCAGAAAUUGAUGGCUACGUCCUAACCUACAGCUCCUCUGAGGGCUCAAGUGAGGAAAUCCCUGUCGGGUCUGACAGUACUUCAUACACGCUGACUGGCCUGAGGCCUGGUGUCCUCUACACUGUCCACAUCUGGGCCAUCAAGGGGAGCAAAGCCAGCAGGAAGAUCUCAACACAAGCUGAGACAGAACUGGAUGCUCCCGCUAACCUCUCAACCCGAGAUGUGACUGAGUCCACCUUCAGCGUGUCAUGGGAUCCAGCCCAGGCAGAAAUAGAUGGCUACCUCCUAACCUACAGCUCAUCUGAGGGCUCUAGCGGGGAGAUCCCACUGGGGCCUGACAGCACCUCUUAUAUGCUGACUCGUUUGAGGCCUGGUGUCCUCUACACUGUCUACAUCUGGGCCAUCAAAGGAAACAAAGCCAGCAGGAAGAUCUCGACACAAGAUCAGACAGAACUGGAUGCUCCUGCUAACCUCUUAGCCCGAGAUGAAACUGAGUCCAGCUUCAGCGUGUCAUGGGAUCCAGUCCAGGCAGAAAUUGAUGGCUACAUCUUAACCUACAGCUCCUCUGAGGGUGCUAGUGGGGAGAUCCCAGUCGCGUCUGACAGCACCUCUUACAGGCUGACUGGCCUCAGGCCUGGUGUCCUCUACACUGUCAACAUCUGGGCCAUCAAGGGGAGCAAAGCCACAAGGAAGAUCUCAACACAAGCUGAGACAGACAUUGAUGCCCCUCAGGACCUAAAGGCGACCGAUGUGAAGCUGGAGUCGGCUCUUUUGACUUGGGUUCCUCCUCUCGCUGACAUUGACGGGUACAUCCUCACCUACAGAGAUGAGGACGGCAACAUGGAGACGGUUGAAAAGCAGUUUGGGGCCAGAGUGAGGAGUUUUGCUGUGUCCAGUUUGGAGACGGGGAAGAGAUAUAUUGUCACCAUCAUUGCCUACAGAGGGAACAAGAGGAGCAAGGUGGUAGAGACCAUCUUCAGAACAGUUGGCCUCCUGUACCCCUUCCCCAUGGACUGCGUUCAGAUCAUGAGGAAUGGUAUUACGAAGAGUGGCAUCUACACCGUCUAUAUUAACAACGACCGCUCCAAACCAAUUGAGGCUUACUGCGACAUGGAGACUGAUGGAGGCGGCUGGCUGGUACUCCAGCGACGUACGACUGGCAAGCUGGACUUUAUGAAACGCUGGAGACAGUACAUAGCCGGUUUUGGCAACAUGACAGACGAGUUCUGGAUUGGUCUGGAUAAGAUAUAUGAGCUGACCAACACUCCUACUCAAUAUGAGCUGAGGUUUGACCUGGGCCUGGGCGCCGAGAGAGCCUAUGCUGUAUACGACAACUUCAAGAUUGCGCCGGUCAAGCAGAAAUUUAAACUCACUAUUGGCAAAUACAGCGGGACAGCAGGUGACGCUAUGACCUACCACCAAGGCCGACCCUGGACUACCGUUGAUAAUGAUAAUGACAUCGCCCUGGGUAACUGUGCCCUGACCCACCGUGGCGCCUGGUGGUACAAAAACUGUCACCUGGCCAACCCCAACGGGAAAUGGGGAGACAACCGACACAGUUUGGGAGUGAACUGGGAACCGUGGAAGGGCCACCUGGUGUCCCUCGACUUCACCGAGAUGAAGAUCCGCCCUUUGGGAGCGUUGUCCAGCAGGAAGAGGCGAUCGUCGAUGGCCAGAGAGAAGAGCAGAAACCUCCAAAAGAAAUAACAGAGCACUCCCCACUAAAACCACAGUACUAAAACAGACCUGCCAUCACACUAGAUUUGGGUGUUUCUAUACAUAUGUACAUACAUAUGUCCCCACUACAUGCCUCUAUGUGUCUCAACUCUUGGACAAUAUGUGCACUUCUUUGGGAAAAGAGAGAAAUGCCAAUAUGCAAUAGUAACUUAUUAUCCGUUUGUAUACAAUGAGAUUCAUCAGAAACUCCUGGGUUUAGUGUGAUUGUGGGAAAGCGGCGAAUAGAAAAAUGCCUUGGAGUUGUUUUGAAGUGAACAUUAACAAGUUUAGUCUUAUCAGUUAUAAUGUAAUUGUUAUUUUUUUUUAAAACUCCUGUUUCACUGAUUCUGGUAGUAACCUCUAUUAUAAAUUAGUAAACAGUAGAUUUAAGUUAAAUUGGGAAAAUCCAAUUUUUCUCCAAUAAUUACUGCAUUCAUUUUAACUUUCUUUUCAAGCCUCAGGGCAGCAGCCCAGGUUAUUUGUAUUAUAUUUGUUUAUGUUAUGUCCUAUUAAGAGUUUGAGUAGCAACUUUUCUUGUGUAUAGUAUUGUCAUAACAACAUAAAUGUUUAAAAAAGUGUUUUGUUUUGAGUUCAGGUGUGAACGAUUAGCGAUUUAUUGCCCUGAGUUUAUUGACUAUGAAGUUGGCUGACUGUGUCACAUUCAGCUGUCGCCGUGCCACAAACACUGUCACAUCACAUUAGUGUGUGCAGGACGAGCCAGAGAGUUACAAUGGAUGGCUGUCUUGAAUGACCAUAUUGCUCCUGCUUUACAUUCAUAAGAUACCGACAGCGCAUAUCAAUCAGCGUGAUGUGCCUACAUCAAGCGUCAAUAAGGAUGAAGUGUGUUUGCCCCAUCCGCAGGGACUUAAUGAACAAACUCUUGUUUUCAAUCUGGAAAGCUGACAAAGGUUAUUAAUACUGCUUUGACUUUGACUUUAUUACAUUAUUACAUUUUUACACUUUUAUUACAAACUGUUGGUUUAUGAGACAUGGAUGGAGCACAUCAAUCUACAUCUCUGCUGAUCUGCCAGAACUCAUCUAAAGUCCCCGCUAGUCAUAAAUUGUGCAUUCACUUUAACGUCCUUUUAAACCUUCAUGGCCCAUAAGCUUUUAUUCCAACCAAUCCUCAAUCAGGAUUUUCAAGGUCAGAAAUGAGGAUCCUCACUAUAGGAUUUUAAGAACGUGUUUAUGGGUCUAUUUUGUUUUACUAAUUGUAUUGUCAGACUAACAUUAUAGUUGCUCAUUUCAUAUUCCUGCUACAGUUUCACCCAAUAAGUAAAUAAAGGUUUUGUUACAUGAA